UCUGCUUCUUCAACAACCCAGGGCCCAGUGGGAGAGCCCCCACCUUCACCCCAGCCAGGCCCCAUGGCUGACACCUGUCCUCCCCAGCCCUCCCUCAAAGUCCCCAGGCGCAGCUUCCGCCUUCGGCUUCCCCUUCUGCCCCAGCCCAGAGCCAGUCCCGGCGCCAGGGAAAUGAGCCGGCACCAAGAUGCUGCUGCUGCUGCUGCCCAUGCUGUUGGGGGGGUCCCUGGCUCUGGGUGUGAGAUUCCACCUGGAAGUGCAGAGUUCAGUGACGGUUCAGGAGGGUCUAUGCGUCCUUGUGCCCUGCACUGUUCACUACCCCAAGAUUGGCUGGACUGACUCUGAACCAGCUCAUGGCUACUGGUUCCGGGAAGGGACCAACACUGACACUGGGGCUCUAGUGGCCACAAACAACCCAGAUCAAGAGGUCCACAGGGGGACCCAGGGCCGAUUUCAGCUCCUCGGGGACCCCCGGACUGGGAGCUGCUCGCUGGUGAUCAGAGACGCACAGAGGGAGGACAUGGCCACAUACUACUUUCGGAUGGAGAGAGGAAGUUAUGUGAGAUAUAAUUUCAAGGAACACAUGCUGUUCCUGGAAGUGACAGGCCUGACACAGAAGCCUGAUGUCUACGUCCCUGAGACCCUGGAGCCUGGGCACCUGGUGACACUCCUCUGUGUGUUUCCUGUGAACUCUGAGGGCUGUCCAGCCCCCACUUUCUCCUGGUCAGGGCCGGCCGUCUCCCCCCAAGGAGCUGGACCACGAGCCUCCCUCUUCUCAGCAUUCACCCUCACACCAAGACCCCAGGACCACAACACCGAGCUCACCUGCCGAGUGGAUUUUGGGAAUGGCAUGAGCACCAUGAAGACCGUCAGACUUAGUGUGGCCCACGCCCCGAAGGACCUUGUCAUCAGCAUUUCCAGGGCUAAAGCGUCAGCCCUGGAGCCCCAGGGAAAUGUCUCACCUCUGGAAGUCCAGAAAGGCCAGUUGCUGCGGCUGCUCUGUGCUGCUGAUGGCCAGCCUCCAGCCGUACUGAGCUGGGUCCUGAAUGACAGGGUGCUCUCCUGGUCCCCCCUCUCAGGGUCCAGAGCCCUUGAGUUGGAGCUGCCUCGGGUGGGGCCGGGGGAUGCAGGGCGCUACACCUGCCGAGCAGAGAACAGGCUGGGCUCCCAGCAGCGUUCGCUGGACCUCUCUGUGCAGUGGCUCAGCCAUUCCCUCCCGUCCCCAGCCCUGCAAGGGCCCCCUUUGCCCACAGGGAAGCCUCUGCCCGCCUUGAGCCGGGCCCCUGUCUCCCUUUCAGACCCUCCAGAGAACCUGAGAGUGAUGGUGUCCCAAGCAAACAGGACAGUUCUGGAAAGCUUCAGGAAUGGCAUGUCCCUCCCAGUCCUGGAGGGCCAGUCCCUGCGCCUCGCCUGUGUCGCCGACAGCAGCCCCCCAGCUACACUGAGCUGGUUCAGGGGGAGCCACCCCGUGAGCCCCUCACAGCCCUCCGACUCCGGGGUCCUGGAGCUGCCUCGGGUUCAGAAGGAGGACGAAGGGGAAGUCACCUGCCGAGCUCAGAAUCGGCUAGGCUCCCCGCGCCUCUCUCUGCACCUCUCGGUGCUCUACGCCCCCCAGGUGCUCCGCCCUUCCUGCUCCUGGGAGGCCGAAGGUCUGCAAUGUAACUGCUUCGCCAUAGCCCGGCCGGCUCCCUCCCUGCGCUGGUGGAUUGGGGACGUGCUGGUGGAGGGGAACAGCAGCAAUGCCUCCGUCACGGUCACCUCCAGCUCCGCUGGGCCCUGGGCCAACAGCUCCCUGAGCCUCCGCGGGGGGCUCAGCCCAGGCCUCGGACUCCAUUGCGAGGCCCGGAAUGACCAUGGCGCCUACAGCGUCAGUGUCCUGCAGUUCUCAGAUAAGGGACCCAUUUCAACAGCCUUCUCCAAGGGCGCAUUUCUGGGAACUGGCAUCACAACCCUCCUUUUCCUCGGCCUCAUACUGAUUGUCGCGAAGACGUUAAGGAAGAAGUGGACCCAGGCAGGGGCUCUUCUGGCCCGGGCCUCGAGGGGCAGCUCGGUCAUGGAUUACAUCAACGUGAACCCCAAAGCGCCUCCCUUGGCUCGGAAUUGGAAGGCCACACCAAACAUUCCUUCCCAGCUCCCUCCUUCGGGGGCUAGCGCCCCAGAAUCAAAGAACCUCGGUUGCCCGGGAUCUAAACCAAGCAUUCAAGGCCCAGUAUCCGAGAAUAACCCAGAGGACUUCCACUAUGCUAAUCUCAACUUCCAGGGCCUCAGACCAUGGGAAACCCAGAAGCCCAAGGACACCCACACUGAGUAUGCAGAGAUCAGGUUCCACCGAGGGUCUACUGGGCUUUAGGACUGGGAGCUAGGUCACAGAGGAAAGGAGAGAAACAAAAAGGACAAGAAAAAUGGAUUGCAAAGUCUCUUGUUUUUAAUCCCCCAAGGGUGAAUCAUCUCAUCCCAGAUUCUAGCAUUUGGAAUAUAUCCAUCUGGAGUAGCCUUGCUCUGAAAAGCAAGGAAAAGAUUUUCCUCGGAAAUACCCAGUCAUCAUCCUAGCUGCUCACUCGCAAUCUCAUAGAUUCUCAAAGGUGGGAGGACCUUUAAAGAUGAUUAAACCAGGACCCAGCAAACUAGGCCCACAGGCCCAAUCUGGCCCACUGCCUGUUUGCCCAUCUUUGUACACCCUCAAACUAAGAAUGUUUUUUACAUUCGAGAUGGUUGGGGGGAAAAAAAAUCAAAAGAAGAAUGUUUCAUGACACGUGAUUAUUUUGUGAAAUUUGAAUUCCCAUGCCUGUAAAUAAAGUUUUAUUGGAACACAA